AUGGACGAGGAAAUGGCUCAAAAGUUGCAAAAUGUUCAAAGGGCGAUUGAAACUUUAAAAAUUUGUCAAAAUGAUCCACCAGAUGAAAUAACUAAACAUUAUGGUUUUAUGAAAUUUGAUGAAAAUAAACUUGAUUUUACUACACGUCUUUCACAAUAUAUACGAUUAAGUCUUAAUACAAAUGCUGAAACAAUUGUUAAAUUUAUGCAACAAGGUUGGAAUUUACCAAAACCUGACUUAAUUAUAUCUGUAACUGGUGGAGCAAAAAAUUGUGAUAUGUCAGCACGUCUUAGAAAAAUUUUCCAAAGUGGUUUAGUUGCUGUUGCUAUAACUACAAAUGCAUGGUUGAUUACAGCUGGAACAAAUGCUGGUGUUGUUAAAGAAGUUGGUGAAGCUCUUAAUAAAUAUCGAUAUAAAAAUCGAAAAAAUGGAGUUGACAUACCAUGUAUUGGUAUUGCUAGUUGGGGUUAUACAGCAGGAAAUGAGCAACUUGAUUAUCGACCUAUGACUUUUUCUACAAAUAUAAAUGCUACAAAAACAAAACAAGCAUUUAUGAAACAUCAUCAAAAUCAAAUAGCACAUUCUGUUCAUAUGGAUAUAGAUGAUCAAUAUUUUGUUCGAAAUUAUAUUGUUAAAGAAAAACAAAAGAAACGAUGUGAUUUAGAACCAAAUCAUACUCAUUUUUUGUUAUUGGAUGAUGGACAGCCAAAUGCUGAUACUGUCCUUCCAUUACGAGCAGAAAUUGAAAAAUAUUUUCGAAAUAUCAAUAUAGAAACUACUACAGAAACAGCAGUUGAAUCAUUUAUACCUAUUGUUAUGGUUUUAGUUGAAGGUGGACCAUCAUCAAUUCGAACAAUAUGUCAAGCACUUGAUUCGAAUACACCAGUUGUAGUUAUCAAAGAAUCAGGUCGUGCUGCUGAUCUUGUUGCUGAAUUACAUGCUUGCUAUACUGAUAACGAGAGUGGCAAUGCUACACGACCACAAACUGGUUUAGCUAAAAGUAGUUCAAAAGAGACGGAGAUAAACGCGAUUUUUGCUAAAGCACGAACUGAUAUCACAGGACUUGACGAAGUUAAAAAUGAUUUAUGUAGAAUAUUAAAUGAACGUAAACAACUAGUAACAAUUUUUAAGUUUGAUAGUAAACGACAUCAUGGAAAUCUUGAAGAUGCUAUUCUAGAAUCUUUAUUUAAUGCUGCAAAAUUUUCCGAUGAUUCUAAUGAACAAAAUCGUCGAAAAGUUGAACUUAAAUUAGCUAUAGCUUGGCAUAAAUUUAAUUAUGCUCAAAAAUAUCUUCUUACUGAUACGACGAUAUCUAAAUGGAAAGAAGAUGAUCUUCGUCGUGCUCUUGUCGAUGCACUUCAUCGUGGGCAUGUUGAUUUUGUUGAAUUACUUAUUGAAUUUGGUACAUCACUUGAAAAAUUGACAAAUGGAGAUCUUAAACAACUUUAUGCAAUAACAUUGACUGGUUAUCGAUUACCAGUUAAAGGCAAAGGAAAAAAUCAUAUAUGCAAAAAAGAUGACUUUUAUUCAGAUUAUUUUCAUUUAAUUUUAAAUAAUGCAAACACAAACAAUAAAUUGUCACCUCUAGAUGAUAAUAUAUCAUUAGGCAAAGGUGCUCCGCAAGAUUUAUUUUUAUGGGCUGUUUUCCUUGAUCGAUUUGAACUUGCAACAUAUCUUUGUUCUAAAACUUGGAAUCCAUCGAUAGCACCAUUAUUUGGUGCACAAAUCUAUCGACGAGCAGCAAUAUUAGAACUUGAUUUAGAUAUAAAACAACAAUAUGAAGACCAUGCAGAUCAAUUUGAUACUCAUGCUAUGUCAAUUAUUGAUCGAUGUUUUGAUCAUGAUGAACAUUUUGCUGUUGAUCUUCUAAAACGUCCUGCUGUUGCAUUUAAUAAUGUUUAUCCAUUACAAUUAGCUCGAAAAGCUACGUGUAAAUCAUUUCUUGCAUCAAAAUGUGUUCAAAAAUAUCUUGAUCAUCAAUGGUUUGGAUGUAUCAAUUAUAAAAGAAAAGCUAUUAGUUUUCGAGUUUUUCUUUGUUCAUUAUUUUUUCCUUUACUUCCAAUAUUUUCUAUUUUUCUACCUUAUAUAAAAAAACAUAAAAACAAUAUUCGAAGUACUCCAGAUCAAUUAAAAGUCAAUCAAUCAACUAUGAUGCAUAAUGUUAUUGAACCUGUUCAACAUAAAAAAAAGAAACGUGUUCAAUGGUCCGAUAAAAUAGCCUAUUUCUAUCAAGCACCUAUUGUACGAUUUUAUUAUUAUAUGAUAUUUUUUAUUAUAUUUCUGGGUUUAUUCAGUUAUGUUCUACUUGUUGAUUAUUUUCCAUUAAAUAUCUAUAAUGAACGUCGAUCUAAUGUUCAAAAUUUACGUAUACCUAUAACUGAAACAAUUCUUCAUAUUUGUAUUUGGAGUUUAAUUAGUGAAGAAAUUCGUCAAUUUUUAUUUGUGAAUUCUAAAAGAGAAUAUAUAUCAGGAAUGUGGAAUAUCAUUGAUAUUUUUGCAACUAUUUUAUAUCUUAUUGGUUUUAUUACACGAUUUAUUGUUCUUGAACCACUUUUUGUUGUAUCUAAAAUAUUUUUAUGUCUUGAUUUGAUACUUUGGUUUGUUCGUACAUUAGAACUAUUUGCUGCUUUUGAAAAAUUAGGACCAAAAUUAAUUAUGAUUUUUGAUACGAUGAAAGAUUUUCUUUUUUUUGUUUGUUUUCUUCUUAUAUUUUUAUUUGGAUAUUCAAUAUCAUCAUGGUCAUUAAUGACUACAGACAAUCAAGUUUCUUGGAAUUAUAAUAGUGAUGGAUCAUUAUUUAAUGCGACAGUAUCAGGUGCUGGAAGUGGUUUAUGGACAUGGCAAUUAUUACGUGAUGUUAUAAAUUUUGGUGUUUGGAAAAUUUUUGGACAAGUAGAUUCAAUUGAUGGCACAGAUGCAUAUUCUGUUGUAACUUUUAUAUUGACUAUACUAUUUGUCGCUGUUGCUAAUGUACUUCUUCUUAGUGUACUUAUUGCUUUAUUUAAUAUUACAAUUCAAAAUGUUCAAAUGCAAUCUCAUCGAAUAUGGCGUUAUCAACGUUUUCUACUUGUUUCUGAAUAUAAUAAUAAACCGCCAUUACCACCACCAUUUAAUACUAUAUAUUAUCUAUAUAGUAUUAUUUGUUAUAUAAUCAAAAAAAUCAAACAUUAUAAUCAAAAACAUCGCGACGGUAUUUUAUGA